GCUUUUCCAAUUCGUACAAUGAAUCUUCUGGGUAUAGCAACGAUAUGUGCAGUGCUCCUACUAUCGAACGCCAGCGAAGAGAAAAAUGAAAAGAUCACAGACAGUAAACCAGUAGAGUCCCAGUCCGCGGAAAAAAAACAAGAAAAACGCGGAUUGGACCUAGGAUACGGUGGUGGUCACGAUUUCGGAGGCGGUAGUGAAGGAGGACAUGAUUUUAGCUUUGGAGGUGGCGGCGGUGGAGGCGACGAGCAUCACGUCAAAACUGUGACGGUUGUUAAGAACGUCCCCGUACCAUACCAUGUGACAAAGGAAAUUCCAGUCCCGGUGGAGAAAACUGUACAUUAUCCAGUCAAAGUGCACGUACCCCAACCUUAUCCAGUGGAGAAGAAGGUUCCGGUACCAUACAAGGUGGCAGUUAAAGUACCUGUGGCAGUCCACAAACCUUACCCAGUAGAGAAAGCCGUACAUGUCCCUGUUAAAGUACACGUUGACAAACCGUACCCUGUCAAGGUACUGGUCCCACAACCUUAUCCAGUAGAAAAGACCGUACAUGUACCCUACAAGGUAAUUGUACCAGAACCCUACCCAGUUGAAAAGACUGUACACUACCCAGUCAAAGUCCCAGUACAUGUGCCCAAGCCAUACCCAGUCGAAAAGAUUGUACCAUAUCCAGUGAAAGUACAUGUUGACAAACCAUAUCCAGUUCACGUACCUAAGCCAUACCCAGUCCAUAUCGAGAAGAAGAUCCCAUACCCGGUCCACAAGCCAGUACCAGUACCUGUCAAAGUCCCAGUAGACAGACCAAUACCAUACCCAGUUGAAAAACCCCAACCUUACCCAGUCAAAGUGCCAGUACCAGCCCCUUACCCAGUAGAAAAGAAGAUUCCCGUACCAGUCGAGAAGCCGGUACCGUACCCAGUCAAAAUCCCAGUUUUCAACCCCGUCCCAGUAACGAUCGAAAAGAAGGUGCCAGUACCAAUUGAGCACCACGUCCCAGUACCAGUUAAAGUACCAGUUGCCAUCCCUGUCCACGACGACCACUCCAGUGGUGGAGGUGGUGAUUACGGUGGCGGAUACGGAGGCGGUGACGGCGGACACGAUUUUGGUGGUCACGAUGCCGCAGGAGGCGAUUAUGGUGGCGGCGAAGAACUGAGCGGACAUUACGAAGAAAGCGCCGGUGGUGAAGAAGAAUAUGGUGGUCACAACUUCCAUUAGUGAUAUUUCUUUCUAUUUUAUUUCCCCCUUCAGUAUUAUGUUGUUUCAUUUUAAGUCUUGUUUUGUUAAUAAAUGAUAUUUUCUUA